CCAAAUAUACAAUGGCAUCAUCAAAAACUUCGACUCUUUCUCUAUUCGCAAUCACUACUUUUCUCUUCAUCCUCCUUUCUCUCCUCUCCUACGCAAAAGCAUCAGAAACCCACCACAAAAAAACAUCAUCGCCAUUUGAGUUCCUUGACCAUCUCAAGGGGUGUCACAAGGGUGACAAAGUUCAAGGCAUCCAAGACCUCAAAAAAUACCUUGAAAAGUUUGGUUACUUGAAUGUCCAUACCAACAAUGAUGACUACUUUGAUGACGAACUGGAGUCGGCCAUCAAAACUUACCAAAUCAAUUACCACCUCAAGGUCACCGGAACAUUAGAUGCGAAAACCGUAAAAAAAAUGGAGAUGCCUCGAUGUGGUGUGCCGGAUAUCAUCAACGGUACCACCUCCAUGAGAUCAGGAAAGAAAAGGGGAGGACAUGGUUCAACUCACACAGUUGGUCAUUACGCUUUCUUCCAAGGAAACCCAAAAUGGCCUGCCAAUAAGUAUCACCUCACCUAUGGUUUUCUUCAAGGCACCCCAUCUGAGGCUGUGGGCGCAGUUGCACGUGCUUUUGCAACAUGGCAGGGCAACACACACUUCACGUUCAGCCAAGCCCAACGCAUUGAGAGCGCUGAUCUGAAGAUCGGUUUUGGAAGGCGUGAUCAUGGAGAUGGACACCCGUUUGAUGGGCCGCAGGGGACCGCUGCACAUGCAUUUGCGCCAACAGAUGGGAGAUUUCACUACGAUGCUGAUGAGACGUGGGUUGUGGGUGCUGUGCCUGGUGGUUUGGACUUGGAGACUGUGGCUUUGCAUGAAAUUGGGCACCUUCUUGGGCUUGGCCAUAGCUCUGUUCCAGGAGCUGUCAUGCUUCCUGAAGUCCGCACUGGAUUUACCCAGAGCUUGCAUGCGGAUGAUAUUCAAGGAAUUAAAGCUUUAUACAACACUUGA